AGGACCUUCGGAGCUCUCGGUACCCCGGGUUCGGUGGAACGGAUUUCAAAAUUUUAACGGAAGCAACCAAAACGCCCCCACGGGCUGUCGCGCUGGCGUCCUUUCUGGGGGACACUUUUGCAGCAAUCGGUGCCCGGGCACCACCGGCCAAGGAUCUGAUGGCGUUCGGUUCGGUACUGCAGCACAACCAGCACAAUAUCGGUCGCGGUGAACCACCGUCCGGGCUGGUCGAUCCGUGCGCCGGCUGCAACAAACCGAUCCUGGACAAAUUCCUGCUCAACGUGCUCGAACGCGGCUGGCAUGCGACGUGCGUCCGAUGCUGCGAAUGCCACCAGCCGCUCGCGGACAAAUGCUUUAGCCGAGAAUCGAAGCUGUACUGUCGGAACGAUUUCUUCAGGCGCUACGGUACCAAGUGCAGUGGUUGCGGGCAGGGCAUCGCACCGUCGGACCUGGUACGGAAACCGCGCGACAAGGUGUUCCAUCUGAACUGCUUCACGUGCUGCAUCUGCCGGAAGCAGAUCAGCACCGGCGAGCAGCUGUACGUGCUGGACGACAAUAAGUUCAUCUGCAAGGACGAUUACAUGCUCGGCAAGGGACCCCACCCGAUGACAGACUCCCUCAUGGGUUCCGCCUCGGAAGACGAAGACGAAGAGGACCAGAUGAGGCCCGGCGUACUAGCGGGACUAGUCGGUGGAGGUACGGGAGCGGCCGGACUACAUCACGGCGAUGGACCACUCGGUGCGUCCGACCUUUCCGUGCAGAGCAUGAGCACGGACAGUAAAACGGGCCACGACGAUUCCGACCAGGGUUCGCUGGACGGUGACCCGGACUGUCGUGGUGAUUCGCAGGCCGAAAACAAGAGCCCGGAUGAUGGCGCUGGAUCGAAACGGAGAGGACCCCGAACCACAAUCAAAGCCAAACAGCUCGAGGUGCUGAAGAACGCAUUUAGUCAAACACCAAAACCCACUAGACACAUAAGGGAACAGCUGGCCAAGGAGACGGGACUGCCGAUGCGGGUGAUACAGGUUUGGUUUCAGAACAAGCGUUCGAAGGAGCGACGGUUGAAGCAGCUAACCAGCAUGGGCCGAGGACCGUUCUUUGGCGGGGCAAGAAAGAUGCGCGGUUUCCCGAUGAACCUAUCACCCGGCGGGCUGGAUGAGCCUGGGUUCCCGUACUUCGCCGCGGACGGUAAAUUCGAUUUCGGGUACGGUGGGCCACCGUUCCAUCCGCACGAUGCCCCGUUCUUCGGCGGACACCCGGGCGCAGGCCCGAUGCCUUUCGGCGGUCCCGGAGGACCCAUGGAUCACCCGAUCCCAAUGGUAGGCGACUUCGUGGGCGGAAUGGCCGGUCCGGAUGGUGGUGGCGGUGGACCGGGUGGUCCAGGCGGUGGACCUGGUAUGCUAGGCCCCGGCCCCGGUGGACCUGGUGGGCCCGGAGGCCCGGGUGGGUUUAUGGGACAACCGGGUGGACCCGGAGGCCCGGGUGGAAAUCCACAACAGCAGCAGCAACAGCAGCAGCAGCAGGGACACGGACCGGAUGGGGUUGGCGGUAUGCUACCCUCGUCCCGGCCCGGUGGCAGCCCGGUAGAGUUCCUGACUUCGGGCAACUUUUCCGAGUCCCAGAACAUGCAGAACGAGGGCCUGGUGUGGUAAGUGCGGUUGGGGAAUAGGAAUGCUCAGCAGCAUUCCCGUUCCUCCCAGGCCUCCAACGCCCUAGCGGCAUCUUAUCACGGUUGUUAUCUUACGGAGCGAGAGCAGGAGCAAGAGUUUUAAUUUAUUUAA